CCGGACCUCCUAACCGGGCCUCUGCUCCGUCUCUGCAGCUACGAUGUGAUCCUGGCGGCCRGUCCAGACGAGCUUCUGACCCGGUUCUCCUCUCUGGGUCACCGGGUCGUUUUCUCUGCUGAGGGGUUCUGCUGGCCCGACCAGCGCCUGGCCUCCAAGUACCCCCAGGUGCAUUCUGGGAAGCGCUACCUGAACUCUGGAGGUUUCAUCGGGUUCUCCUCGGACCUGGCCGCCAUCGUCCAGCAGUGGAAGUUCAGGGACAACGACGACGACCAGCUGUUCUACACCCGGAUCUACCUGGACCAGAAGCAGAGGACCCGGUUCAACAUGACUCUGGACCACCGAUCCAGGAUCUUCCAGAACCUCAACGGAGCCAUCGACGAGGUCGUCCUGAAGUUUGAGAGGUCAAAGGUCAGAGUGAGGAACGUGGCCUACGACACGCUUCCUGUGGUCAUCCACGGCAACGGRCCCACCAAGCUGCAGCUCAACUACCUGGGAAACUACGUCCCAACGGCCUGGACCUACGAACACGGCUGUGGAGGCUGCGACGACGACCUGCUGUUGCUAGGCGACCGCCAGGACGAAGACCUCCCUCUGGUCUUCCUCGCCGUCUUCAUCGAACACCCGACUCCCUUCAUGGACGAGUUCCUGGAGCGUCUGGCCGCCAUGAACUACCCCAAGACCCGGAUCCGCCUCUUCAUCCACAACAACGUGGUGUACCAUGAGCAGCACAUCCAGCGGUUCUGGGAGCGCCACAGGRUUCUGUUCCCGGAYGCGGUGCUGGUCGGACCCGAGGAGAACCUGCCAGAGGAGAAGGCCAGAACCAUGGCGAUCGGGGCGUGCCAGAAGAACCCGGGCUGUGAUUACUUCUUCAGCAUCGACUCGGACGUGGCGCUGACCAACCCGGACACGCUCCGGAUCCUCAUGGAGGAGAACAAGUCCGUCAUCGCCCCCAUGCUGUCCAAACACGGCAAACUGUGGAGCAACUUCUGGGGCGCUCUGAGUCCGGACGGGUUCUACUCGCGGUCCGAGGAU